AGUCGAGUGGGUCGUCAGCCAAAUGCAAUAAAGUAUUACUGCGUUCGAGAGAUUUCCCAACGUGAACACAAUAACGCCUUACCCUCCCCUACCGGUGAUCUCAAUGACUCGGCCAAUCAUCAUCAUCAUCAUCAAGUGGGAAAUCAGAUCAACAACACGCCAAGAAAUGCCAUGAAACGAGGUGCAAAUAACGUGAACGGCUCUACUUCCACCUUCCAACUGCCCGGAGAGUUUAUGAAUAGCAGAGAUGCCGUCGAGAAUCGGAGUCGAGCCUCAACUUUGAGUGCAUCCUCUGGCAUCUCCUCGUCCAGUACGGCUUUUCUCAAUCCUCUAGAAACUUCGCAGUCCUCGCCUAUCGUUUCUUCUUCGGCCACCUUGCAUAAGAGAUUGAAAAUGGAAGAUGUUCCGGACUUUAUUGCUGGCACAGACAUGGUCGACAGCAGUUUCUGCCAACAAUUGGCCUCUGUUACGGCCGCGAACUCCCUUGCAAACCAUUUUCUCUUGAAUCCUCAGUUGGCCUCCCACGGCCAAACCCCUAGACCUGCGGAGAUUUUGGACCAAUUGGCCAAACAUCCAACCAUAGUGGCCGCGGCAGCGGCUGCUCGUAUCCUCUUGGACAACGCCCCCACCACCAAUGGUUCCUUGUUUGACUCCACGGAUCAUGAGCAGCAGAAUGUGACCCUGCCGACAAGCUCCUGCGUCGCCUCCAUUUCCCCCUCGUCUGCUGCUGCUGCUUCUUCAUUUGGUGGUAGUAGGUUUCAACAGCCACAACAGCUGCAAAAAUCGGACACACAGUCUGCUCCUCGCACAGUGCCGCCCCCUCCCCCUCCAAUGCCAAAACUGACAGACAAGGUGGAGAGGCAACGAGUUCACGAUGAAGCUAUGCGACAGGGCUCUGAAGCCGCAAUGUCUAUGGAGGAGAAUAUACGGACGAAUGUCUUCGUAACUCUUGGAGAAUUUACUCAGGGAAUUGAACGGGCCACAGAUUUCCUCAAAGCUGAACGCAGGAGGUUAAAACAGAUAAAACAAGAUCCAAAUCAGCCCAGGUUCACUGCGUCGGAUUCAAUUGAACGCGUCUGGUCGUAUAUGAUGCAACAGUUCGUUCAACAUACCCGAAUGGUUGUCGACUUCUCCAAACUUAUUGCUGGUUUUAAUGGACUAGGAAUCAACGAUCGUCGACAGUUGAUACGAGCAGCUAUGUAUCCAAUCAUGCUUAUUGAGUUAAGUAGAGAUUUCCAAAAUAGUGGAAACGCCUCCUACAAUUACUUCGACUUCAUGGACCAUGAGAAGGAUGUCAUAAUCCAGCACUUCCCUCCUCUUUCCAAAAUCAUCUCCCACCUGGUUCAAUCCGGGCGUGUUCUCCAACAGCUCAAAUUGGACGAUAUUGAGUGCACCAUCAUUUGCAUUCAAGAGCUUCUACGGCACAAGAACGAGCUGGAGGAUCCGGCAUCUUGUGAACACCUCUUUCUCCUCUCGAUGCAGGCUCUUGUGUACCAUGAACAAUGCAAGUCGAAGUCGGACGCAGCGAAUGAGCGUUUGACAACGUUCACCCAACUUCUGCCAAUGCUAAAUCAGCUUAACAUGGAACAUCACGAAGUGUUGGGUCAGAUUCGGCUGAGUUAUCCUCACCUCAUCUUCCCUGAACUCUAUUUGGAGAUGUUCGCCAUCGGUGCCGGCGAGCCACCAAACUUCUUUCAAGAGGAUUCCAAGAAAAACAGAAAUGACCUGUGA